AUGACUAUCCCAUUAUACGACCAGCUGCUAAGUCAUCAGGCUGUAAAUGAGGCCUUUGUCCUCUAUCCCGGAGGCUCCUUCGGCUAUGAAAAACGGGAUAUACCAACUCUACAGGCAGAACGCGAUGUGCUCGUUCGCGUGGUAGCGACUGGACUCUGUGGAUCAGAUGUACACUACUGGCAACAUGGACGGAUCGGACGAUAUGUCGUCGAGGACCCCAUUGUCCUUGGUCAUGAGUCUUCAGGCAUUGUAGUGCAAUGUGGAAGCCAAUCGGGAUUGACGGUGGGCGAUCGCGUCGUGCUCGAACCAGGUAUCGCCUGCAACACUUGCCAUUUUUGCCGCGCCGGUCGCUACAACCUCUGCCGGGAAAUGCGCUUCGCAGCAACUCCGCCAUACAACGGCACUCUGGCGACGUAUUACAGAGUACCCGCAGAAUGCUGCUACAAGCUGCCGUCACAUGUAUCGCUACGGGACGGGGCUUUGAUAGAACCUCUCAGUGUUGCUGUACAUAGUUGCCGACUGGCUGGCGAUAUGCAGGAAAAGUCAGUGGUUGUAUUUGGAGCAGGCCCGGUCGGGUUACUCUGUGCGGGUGUUGCGCGUGCCUUUGGAGCAUCGACGGUAGUCGUGGUGGACGUGGUAAUGAGUCGGCUCCAAUCUGCCGUGAAGUACGGCGCCACUCACACACACCAGGCAACCUCGGAGUCCGCAGAAGAAAAUGCUAUUGCCAUCUUGGGCACCGCGGGAUUGGGGCUAGGCGCAGACAUCGUUCUCGAUGCCACCGGUGCUGAACCUUGUAUGAACAGCGGCAUUCACGCAUUAGCACCUGGAGGAACGUUUGUGCAGGUGGGCUUGGGGCGCCCAAAUCCUUCCCUGCCGGUAGGCCAGAUCUGCGACAAAGAAAUUGUCUUCAAGGGCAGUUUCCGAUAUGGCCCAGGAGAUUAUAAGACCGCGAUCGGUCUUGUGAGCUCCCACCGCAUCAGGCUUGAAGGUCUCGUCACCCACGAAUUUUCUUUCUCCCAGGCGGAGGAGGCUUUCCAUAAUGUCGCCAGUCGCGCAGGAGUCAAAAGCGUCAUUUACGGACCAGGGGUAGACGAGCACGUGGCCAGAGCCACAUUAUCAUAG